CACACACACACAAGCUCCUGCUUGUGGAGCGUCCAGUAACCAAGCCAUGACUGGCAGCCACACAGUCAUAUAGCAGUUUUGGUUUUAACAUUUGGAUUUUCUGCUUGUUGGAUCAAUAUAUUUGUUGUUAUUCUUGGUUUUGUGGCCUGCUGGGGAUAAAGCAGACAGGACCUCUGUCACUGCAGCCUGGAACAUGGAACAAGUCCAGAAGGUGCAGAAGAAGACAAGCACCAUGUCUCUGACCAUCUCCUCCUCCUCUGCUGCUGCAUCCUCCACUCGUGAGCUCUCCUCCUGCUCCUCCACCAUCUCCUCCUCCUCCUCCUCCACUCUCCUCGGUCAGAGACACUCCAGCCUGGUGCAGCCGCUGUGUGUCAGCCCUCAGAGGACUCAGAGUCCCAUCUACAACCAGCAGCAUUCAAGCAGCGCAGUGGCUCCCACAUUUGUUAAGUGUCUCCACGACGUGUCUACGGUGAAGGGUCAGCUGGUGGUCCUGGAGUGCAGACUGAGGGGGACUCCGCCCCUGCAGGUUAUGUGGUACAGAGAGGAUGAGCAAAUACUGGACUCCGAUGAUUUUAGGAUACUCCGCAAGAGUGAGUGUUUUCAUACUUGCUCUGAUUUUCCUAAAUCUUGGUUCUAACAUGUGCCCUCCAUACCAUUAUAAGAGACAGUAAUUAAAACUAGACAGCGGAAAUUUCUUCAGAAAUUUUGAGUCUGCCCAUGCUACAGCCAGGUCAGUUGACAGAAGACAUCAGGAUCUACAUGACUGGAGCAAAGAACUGCUGAGUUUUAAACAGGCUCAUCAGUCAUCUGCAGUCAUCA